AUGAACCUGUGCUGCUUUUUAUUUAAGUGUUUGUGCCAUCGCGAUGAGCACCCUACUGAGAUGGCCCGGACUGAUAGGGGAAAGAACAAGUGGACUGAUACGGAGGAGAACAAGCAUGCUCCAGAGGCUGCUAUCUUGUUUUCUUUUGUAAGAGAUAAGGUUAGAUGCCAGAUCGCCUUGAAGCCUUCUUUGAUUGGCAACUGUUCGAUACGAGAUAAGUUUGCGGCUAUUAUGUCGGUCUUGGCGCCUAAUGACCUCUAUCUAAGCCGCGCAGCGGAUAGCCCAAAAUUACUGGUGAUAAUCGAAUGCAUUAUUGGUGCGCCUACAGAGCAAGCCACGAGAGAUGACCGGGUCUCGAGCAUUGCCUCCACAAUUUGCGCGAACUUUCGGGCAUCUCCGAUACCGUCCAAUAUUUUUUUUAAUUACACGGUGAUGGAAUUCUUCCGAGGAAAUCCUAAAAAAAGCUGGGCGAUGAUGUGA